AUGGGCUGCGGUGCGACAAAAGAGUCAUCCAGUUCCAACACACCACCGGCGUUGGCUCUCUACAUGGGAACUUCACCAAAGCUUGAUGCCACAACUAUUCAAGCUGCUGAUGCUACUGGUGUUGUUGCGGCUACUGCUGUCAUCAGUGAAAAUAUUACCGCACCCACUAAUUGUAUUACUAGUCCUGCUACUGGUUUAACUAAGUCUUCUUCAGGGGCACAACAAAUGCGUAUGCCAGGAAAGGAAAAAUAUAUUAUGGAAUCAGGGGCUGUUGUUAUGGAUGAUCGUCCUAAAGGAGGUUGGACGUCUCUUGGUCUGUUAUUAUUGUAUUGUGCACCAGUAACAAAUGAACUCACUAUUUCUUACCGUGAAAACUCUUCAGGAGCCGUAUUUGCAAAACGUUUUACAGAUAAAGAACUACUGGCUUCUAAAGAGGCUGCUGGAAUACCGUUUUCAUGGGGACCAUUUUUUAAAUCUCUUGCCUCAGAUGUAUUAAAAGGCAAAGCAAUAGUUCAGUCUCUUACACAUCAGACGAAGGAAGUACGAUUUACCAUUGUUAACAGUAAAGAACCUAAUGUUACUUAUUUAUAUCUAUGUACGCUUGAAGAAGUCUCUGGUCCUGGACAUUCUGCAAAACCAACGGCAGUGCUUGAGUAUUUUGUUGCCCCUUUAACACGUAUGCUGCAAAUUCGUCAUCAUUCUGCAGAAAUGUCAAAUCGAAUGACUCAAGUAGAAAAAAUUGAGUCUGACUUUACAGUGAAAAGUGCUAGUGCUCGUCACUAUAAGAAAAAGGUUCAACAAUUAUUAACUAUUAUUCGUCCAUUACGAGAGGAGUCUUCAAUAACAGCACAGAGAACUAUGAAACUUGCUCUUGAGGUAAAAGCUGUUGAACGACGACUUCGUUUAAUACGGGAUACACGAAUUAAAAAACAUCCAUUAGAUGAACUUUAUGAAAAUGGUGGUGCACAGUACUUUGAACAUGUUCCACAAGCCGAAAAACAUUUUCCACUAAAAGAAGUUGUGGAUCCAAAUAUUCUGGCUUGUAUACGAUCUGUUUUCCCUCUUUCUCCUGGAAUGAAAUUAGAAAAUGUUGUUGAAUUAUUAGAUCGACCUGCAUUACAACCAUAUUUAACAGAAUCUUCUUCUCAAUCGAUAAGAGAUGUGUUUAAAAUUUUUCAAGGUAUAGACAGAUGGGAUUAUGAUGCAAUUCAAUUGGAAAUUAUAACAAAUGGAAAUGCACUAUUUUAUACAACAUAUUUGCUUAUGUAUAAAUUGGACUUGGUAGCACAUUUUAACCUUGAUGAUGAGAUUCUACAACGUUUUCUAUUGGAGGUUCAAUCAGGAUAUCAUCCAAAUCCAUAUCAUAAUGCUAUGCAUGCAGCUGAUGUUACACAAAUUAAUUAUUAUAUUAUUAUGAUAGCUGGAUUAAAAGAAAAAUGUGAAUUGAGUAAAGAAGAAAUACUUGCCGCAGUCAUAGCUGGUGCUAUUCAUGAUUUUGAUCAUCCUGGUCUUAAUAAUAAUUUUCAUUCCAAAACGAAUGCAUACUUGAGUACAUUAUAUAAUGAUCGUUCUAUCCUUGAGAAUCAUCAUGUUGCUUCAGUUUAUGAAUUACUUAAAAAUCCUGCGUAUAACGUUUUUGCACCUCUUAAUGAUGAACAACUACGUGUUGUACGUGAAACAAUGAUAGAAAUGGUAUUAGCAACUGAUAUGGGUAAUCAUGGACGAAUCUUUAAAAGUUUUCAAUUACGCAUGGGAGAAACUACAGAUUGGCACACAAACAAAACAGAUGUUCGUUUAGCACUAUCUAUGAGUAUAAAAAUGGCAGAUAUAUCCAAUUGCGCCCGUCCUCAUUACAUUUAUGCAGAGUGGGCGAGAAAUAUUGCGAGGGAAUUUUAUAACCAAGGUGAUGCUGAAGUGGCAUGUAAUCUUCCUAUUUCCCCGUUUAUGGAUCGUACCAAAGAGAUUGUGGAUUUCCCCAAGGGACAAAUAUCUUUUAUGAUGUACAUUGUUAUCCCAAUGGUGGAAGUAAUCUCUGAAUUUCUUCCAUCCCUCCGGUUUGCACUACAAUAUUGUAAUGAAAAUAAACAGAUAUGGCAGAAAUACCAGGAGGAACACUCUUCAGUGAAUCCACAAGAGUGA